AUGGCGUCGGCCAUCUUUUUCCUGGACCUCAAGGGCAAGACCCUCCUUGCCCGCAACUACCGGGGCGACAUCCCCAUGUCCGCUGUCGAGAAAUUCCCCAUCCUCCUCAGCGAAGCCGAAGAGGAAUCGUCGGCGGUGCCCCCGUGCUUCUCCCACGAAGGGAUCAAUUACCUCUACAUCCGACACAACAACCUGUACCUUCUCGCCCUGACAAAACGAAACACCAACGCCGCCGAGAUUCUGCUCUUUCUGCACAAGAUUGUCGAGGUCUUUACCGAGUACUUCAAGGCGCUCGAGGAGGAAUCCAUCCGCGACAACUUCGUCAUCAUCUACGAGCUGCUCGACGAGAUGAUGGACUUCGGCUACCCGCAGACGACCGAGUCCAAGAUCCUGCAGGAGUACAUCACACAAGAGUCGCACAAGCUCGAGAUCCAGGCCCGCCCGCCCAUCGCGGUCACCAACGCCGUGUCGUGGCGGUCGGAGGGCAUCCGGUACCGCAAGAACGAGGUGUUCCUCGACGUCAUCGAGUCGCUGAAUCUGCUGGUGUCAGCCAACGGCAACGUGCUACGGUCCGAGAUCCUGGGCGCCAUCAAGAUGAAGUGCUACCUGUCGGGCAUGCCCGAGCUGCGCCUCGGGCUCAACGACAAGGUCAUGUUCGAGACGACGGGACGGACGACGCGCGGCAAGGCCAUCGAAAUGGAGGACGUCAAGUUCCACCAGUGCGUGCGCCUCUCGCGCUUCGAAAACGACCGCACCAUCAGCUUCAUCCCGCCCGACGGCGAGUUUGAGCUCAUGUCGUACCGCCUCAACACGCAGGUCAAGCCGCUCAUCUGGGUCGAGUGCCUUGUCGAGUCCCACAGCGGCUCCCGGAUCGAGUACAUGCUCAAGGCUCGCGCCCAGUUCAAGCGCCGAAGCACUGCCAACAACGUCGAGAUCAUCGUCCCCGUGCCCGACGACGCCGACAGUCCGCGCUUCCGCACCAACGUCGGCUCGGUCCACUACGCCCCCGAGCAGAGCGCCAUCGUCUGGAAGAUCAAGCAGUUCGGAGGCGGCAAGGAGUUCCUCAUGCGGGCCGAGCUCGGCCUGCCCAGCGUCCGGGGCGAUGACGAGCACGGCGGCGGCAUGACUGGCGGCUUUGGAGGUAGCAUGGGCGGGAUCGGGGGCCCCGGCAAAGGGGCCAAGAGACCGAUCCAGGUCAAGUUCGAGAUUCCGUACUUCACCACGAGCGGGAUCCAGGUGCGGUAUCUGAAGAUCACUGAGCCAAAGCUCCAAUACCCUUCAUUGCCAUGGGUGCGCUAUAUCACGCAAUCUGGAGACAUUGCCGUCAGGCUACCAGAUGUGAUAUGA